CCUUAGGAGAUGGUUUCUCUGGCCUUUGCUUUGUCAGCAGAGUAGUCAUGGAUCACAACGUGUACGGUCCGGAUAUGGUUGACAUGACAAUCCAACGGCCACAAUCGCCUGAAGGCUUCUAGCAUUUUCAUAGGAGGCCGAGAUCAACGGUCUCGUCCUCCUCCUCCUCCCAUUCUCGGACCGACUUUCCUCAAUCAGAGCUCAUCGCCUCACACGAACACCCGCCAGAUCUCUCCCUCAAUCCCCCACGUUCGAUUUCCAUAUCUUCUUCUUCUUCUUCUUCGUCGUUAAUCUCGAAUCGGAGAUGUCUGGAGCAAAGCCUGCGAUGAGGAAACCCGUGUUCACCAAGGUCGAUCAGCUGCGACCCGGGACCACUGGGCACACUCUGACCGUAAAGGUCGUGAGCUCGGAGAUGGUGCUGCAGAAAGGCCGCCCGGACGGGCCACAGGUGCGCCCGAUGAGGAUUGCUGAGUGUUUGAUCGGGGAUGAGACUGGAGUUAUCGUGUUCACCGCCCGAAAUGAGCAAGUUGACAUGAUGAAGCCCGGGACAAUCGUGAUCCUACGGAAUGCAAAAAUCGACAUGUUCAAGGGCUCGAUGAGACUCGCAGUGGACAAGUGGGGUCGCAUUGAAGCAACUGAUCAACCUGCUGAGUUUACCGUCAAGGAGGAUAACAAUCUAUCGCUUGUGGAGUACGAGCUCGUCAAUGUCGUUGAAGAGUGAAACCUUCUCUGGACGACCACAAUCACACCCUCUCACAUUCAGGAAAGAACAGGUUUGGAUAUCGGCAAUGUUAGAUUAAGUACACAGGUUUCUGCAAGUUUUCCUUGGCUACUACUCUCGUGUAGAUGACAUAACUGAAUAUUACUCAACUGCUUAUGCAACUUCAAGAAAGCUCUUUAUCGUCGUGGCUUGUGGCUAGUACGAAGUCCGCUAGAAGAACCGACUUUGGAGCAUCAGAAAGCUAUAAAAUGCAGCAAUAAUGGGGGUAUUCUUGCUUCUUCUUUAUUAGUAACAGUGCAGUGAAUAAGAUUAUGGCAAAUUGCACUUGAAACCAUUGUAAGAGAUUACAUGCUUCCUGUAAUGGAAUGAUAUGACAUGAGGGAUCACUUCACUGUUGCUCAUUAAAUCACUUGUUACCAUUUA